UAAACCCUUGCAAGCAUCACUGAGAGCAGCUUCUUGGUAUCGGAUCGACAUGGCGAUGCAGAACUACCCAGCACCUGGGGAGAGCGUGAGGCAGGAGCAUGCCCAGCCAGUAACACUCUCCAUGCCUGACCAGAAAGUCAGUGACGAUAUCAUUUUUUCAACAUUCAAUCUUCACUUCUGUAACCCUUGCUGCAUUGGAUUCGGGGCCUUUUACAACUCAAUAAAGGCCAGGGACAGCAGAUUGCUUGGAGACAUCCCACUGGCGCGGUCUUACGGCAGCAGAGCUCGCAAGCUAAACAUUGCCGCCGCCAUUCUUGGUUCCGUCUCACUACUUAUCUUCAUCAUUAUCGUCGCCAAGUUUAGUUCAGUCCCAUCAAGUCAUUAGCGCUUUUUAAGAAUUAAAUGUCUGAAUGUUUUUGAUUUGCCCAUGCAAAUAAAGAUUCAAACAUUUAUAUCUGUCGAAA